AUGGAUCUCAGAGAAAAAGAGCAUCUAAACCAGGAGAAAGAGAAGAAGCUGGUUUUCCUGACAUCGAGGGUGCACCCCGGGGAGUCUCCCGCCUCCUUCGUCUGUCAGGGUGUGAUUGACUUCCUUGUGAGCCAGCAUCCAGUGGCACAGAUCCUUCGGGAUCAUGUGAUCUUCAAAAUCGUUCCGAUGCUGAAUCCUGAUGGAGUCUAUCUUGGAAACUACAGGUGUUCACUGAUGGGCUUUGACCUAAAUCGUCACUGGCAGGACCCCUCUCCGUGGGCCCACCCAACACUACACGCUGUCAAACAGCUCAUUGUCCAGAUGAACCAAGACCCGGUCCUCGGUCACAGCUGGGGCAGCUUUUUGUGGCACUAUACGAGAACUAAAGCGUUGACUGUGUGCGCUCGCUCAGACUGA